GAACAAUCCUCAUGAUUUCUGUCCAUAUUGCAAAAAACCAAUGACUCAUUAUCAUUGGUGCCAACCAUGUGAAUCAGCACAAUUACGUGAAAAUUUUGGUAAUUGGACUAGUGGAAAUAUAGAAAUCAAUCAGUUUAUACAAGAAACACAGCUUUCAUCAACCUCGCCAAAAAGGUCAAGUCAUAAUCUUGUGUUUUUGAUUGUUCAUGAUCUCAAAACAGCAGUAGAAGAAUUUAUAUAUCAGGAAUCGGUUGGUAUGGGAGAUCACAAGAACCAGAAACAAAGGCAUUCAUAUCAGUCGCAAAUUUCUAAAGAUUUACAAUUUCUUUUCAAUUCUGGAUUUGUUACAACAGCAUUAGGGACAAGCUCUUUUUGUGUAAAAAACAAUCAGACUAUUGCAUUUGGAUAUUUUAUGAUUGUAAUUGAUGAAAGUAAUAUAAAACCUAAUAAAAGAAGAUUUUAUUAUCCAAAAUAUAUAGCACCAGAGUCUUUAGAAAAUCAUAUUUUCACUAAAGAAAGUAAUAUAUACUCAUUCGGAUUAAUAAUGUAUGACCUCUUGUCACCAUUUAUUAAAGAAUUAGACUUAUAUAAUGCUCGUAAUUAUAUUUCAAAAAUGGAAAUGUUUUAUAAGAAAUCAAACUUAGAAUUUGUGCCUGAAAGUGCACCGAAAUCUUAUGUUGUAUUAAUGAAUCAAUGUUUGAAUCAUGAUCCAAAGUUACGUCUCUCAAUUAUGGAAAUUAUUAAUACACUGGGAGAAUGGUAUCUUGAAAUGGAACAAAAUAUUGAUACACAGAUUGUUAUUGAAUUUAGAAUAGCUGAUAAAUUUCUUCAAGCAUUCCACAUGAGAUUUAAUAAAAAGUUAAAACCUGAUUCAGGUGUAAUAGCUUUAACAGGUGAAGAUAUUUCUACGAAAUCUCGUUUAUCAGCCAUCCGUGAGCUCGGUGUUGAUUUAAUUGAUAUUAAUCAAUUCACUGAUAGAAAGUGUAUUAGAGAAGGUGGCUUUGGUUGUGUUAAAAAAGCUUUAUGGAAAUGA